GCCGCCCCCCGCAGCUGCCGGUGUUUGCCCGCCUGGCCCCGGCCGCUGACUGCGAUGCCGCUCCCCGACACCAUGUUCUGCGCGCAGCAGAUCCACAUCCCACCGGAGCUGCCCGACAUCCUGAAGCAGUUCACCAAGGCGGCCAUCCGCACCCAGCCGGCCGACGUGCUGCAGUGGUCCGCGGGGUAUUUUUCAGCUUUGUCCAGAGGAGACCCCCUUCCCGUGAAGGACAGAAUUGAAAUGCCUGUGGCCACUCAGAAAACAGACACCGGUCUGACUCAAGGACUCCUGAAAGUCUUGCACAAGCAGUGCAGCCACAAGUCGUACGUGGAGCUGGCCGAUCUUGAGCAGAAAUGGAAAAAUUUGUGUCUGCCAGUAGAAAAAUUCAGAGCUGUCUUGCAACUGGACCCUUGCGAGAACAAAAUCGAGUGGAUGAAAUUCUUAGCGCUGGGCUGCAGCAUGCUCGGCGGGUCUUUGAACUCCGCCAUGAAGCACCUGUGUGAGAUCCUCACCCUCGACCCCGAGGGCGGGCCUGCUCGCAUCCCCUUCGAGACGUUCUCCUACGUGUACCGCUACCUGUCGGGGCUGGACCGGGACAUCUCGCAAAAGGACACCGAAGCCUACCUGGACACUGUGAGGGGAAAUUUAGAGUCCAGGAAGACGAGCAUGAUCGGCCUUUCGGAUUUCAGCUUCGCAGCGAGGAGAAUCUAGAGGACCGCCGACAGAAGGCUUAGAAGGCAGGCCGCUGACACAGAGCAGAACACGUUUUCAUGUCAGAAUUGUGCUUUUAACCAUCUUGGCACCAAAUACAGCUUGUCUAUUGCUAACCACACGCGGGGUGUUUCCUCCUGGAGGUGACCGAGGGCACCAGUGGGCCCCGCCACCCACUUCCUGGGGCACAGCGGUCCACCUGGACGCUGGGGGUGGGGUGCAGUGACAGAAUCCAGCGCGGUUACUGUCCUGCUGGGCUUUCCCUGUUGCAGGGAUGGUGCCACCUCUCCCUCCAGGUAGGGCCCAGGCCAGGGCACUGUCCCCUGCGGCACAUGGGCACAGCGGUCACCAUGGGCUGGUGCCGGGCGGGUGUUCUCAGACCCAGGUGCUACGCUGUCUGCAGCCAGCAGGCUUUGUGCCAGUCGAUGUCAGAGCACAGGGCUGUGAGGUGGGAGGCGGUGCUGCAGCUAAAUGGGGGUCACGGCGUGGGGGUGCACCCCCAUCUGUGAGGAACUGGACUGUAGGGGCUCUGUGUCCGUUUGGCUAAAACCUAGGUCACCACGAGAAAGUGAUGCAAAGAGCCCAGGCACCUACCCUCUCCAGUGAGUGUCCUGCAGGGCGGGGGAGGGGAGGUCUCUGCUCCACAAGGUCAUUCAGGGCCCCGGCUCUGUCCACCUGGCAGCCUUGCCCUUCCUUGGGGCUCCCUCUCCCCUGUGGGUUACAGUUUGGGGUGGGGUUGAGUCCUCAGGCCCAGACUCUGAAGUGGCGCCCUUGCAUGCAUGCCUGGGGGUGCCAGCAGUCACGUGGCCAGGCCACGCUGCACAGGAGGCUGGGAGGUGGCGUCUCAGGCAGGGUUGUGUGUGCCCCACACAACUUGGUGGGGGAGGGAGCGGGUGGCAGGUGCGGUCACACCCAGCGCCCCCAUGUUAGCUGCAGGGCUGCUCCUCACAUCGCCCCAGAUAAACCGAGGGGAGCCAGUGGGCAAUUCUUAGCACAUGGCUUUGCUUUCAGGAGUGCUUGCAAAAAGGCCAUUGCUUGCAGUGAAGUGGGGGGCAGCAGGUGUCACUCACCAGCAGGCUCCUGCGGGGCUCGGAACAGUCUCCAUGUAGCAAAUCUGAACCCGUCUGGGCCAUAGAACUUUGACGGAGCUGCCUGUUGGCCCGAGGACACGUGGGAAGGAAGGAGACGGAGCGGGACAGGACGGAGGGGCACGUUUAAAGAACACGUGUGUGAGGCCCUCCCUGGGGGCGUAGCAGGUUACAGCACAGCACUGAGAAGCUAAAGCCGCUUCCGUAUGAGUUG